GAUUGCGGUACCGCCUAAACUAGUAAAGAUGAAAACAAGCUUGACAUGUUCUUCUGCCUUGCAAACUAACUACUUGCAGCUACCCAAGGUGCCAGUAGCUUCUCUUGCAUGUCCGCCAAGCAAGUGGUUCUUUGUCCGUGUGGCGGGGAAAGUGUGCUACUACUGCUAGUGCCCGACGCUGUUCCUUCGAGUCCUGAGAGAGGCAUCCGCGAUGGCCUUCGCUGCUACAGCUCGGCAACCGACAAUGUCCGCUACCCUGUUGCUGUUGCUGGUGGUGUUUACUCUGUUGGUUUUCAUUCCGAGUACUCCCGCCGCUACUAUCCCAGCAGUGACACCAAGAAACGAGACAUGCAUGACAAAAUGGCUGAACGCAGCUGGUAUCAGUAGCAGCACGGAGAGAGUGGAGAAAUUACUGAAGAGAUUUUCUGUGGAUGAGAAGAACGGCGUUCCAGAAUCUGACAAGGACACUCUCAGGUGGAUUCUGUCUGAUCACCAACAAGAAUUUACUUUUCUCAUUAGAUGUCUCGAUAACCGCAGUGAUGCCGAUUGCAAGCAAGCGUCGCCGUGCCAACAUUCAGGACAAUGCCUACUUAUUCCAGAGGAAGACCUGACAGCAGCGUCCAAGGAGUACACUUGUGUUUGUAAAGGUGGUUUUAGUGGACAGUUUUGUGAGCAAGGUGCGAUUACAGUGUUGAGUCAACGUGUGGAGAUGCUGGAGCAUAACCUGUCAGCACUUGAGCGGAAAUCAAGAAUCAAGACCAAGAAGUUAAGAAAUGUUACAACGCUACUCCAGGGUUCUGAAAAGAACGUUUCACUCCUUCAGCAAGUCGUGGACCGUCUGCAGUCCAAUCUCGAGAACUCAGACGGGAGAGCUGCACGUCUUGAGCAAGCAUUGGACCAGCUCCACACCGAGUUUGAGAGCUCAAAUGCAAGCGUGCAACAAACUUUGGGCCAGCUUCAAACCAAGUUUGAGAGCUCAGAGAGAACCCUAAGACAAGACCUAAGUACUGUCAAGUCAAGUUUGCGGAGCUCAGAGAGAAACUCUGCCAACCUAAGACAAGACCUAAAUGCUGUCAAGUCAAGUUUGCGGAAUUCUGACGGGAGAGCUGCACGUCUUGAGCAAGCAAUGGGCCAGCAGCAAACUAAGUUGGAGAGCUCAAAUACAAGAGCUGCGAGCCUGCAACAAACUUUGGGCCAGCUUCAAACCAAGUUUGAGAGCUCAGAGAGAAACUCUGCCAACCUAAGACAAGACUUAAAUGCUGUCAAGUCAAGUUUGCGGAAUUCUGACAGGAGAGCUGCACGUCUUGAGCAAGCAAUGGGCCAGCAGCAAACUAAGUUGGAGAGCUCAAACACAAGAGCUGCGAGCCUGCAACAAACUUUGGGUCAGCUUCAAACCAAGUUUGAGAGCUCAGAGAGAAACUCUGCCAACCUAACACAAGACCUAAAUGCUGUCAAGUCAAGUUUGCGGAAUUCUGACGGGAGAGCUGCACGUCUUGAGCAAGCUUUGGGCCAGCUGCAAACUAAGUUUGAGAGCUCAAAUACUAGAGCUGCGAGCCUGCAACAAACUUUGGGCCAGCUUCAAACCAAGUUUGAGAGCUCAGAGAGAAACUCUGCCAACCUAAGACAAGAACUAAAUGCUGUCAAGUCAAGUUUGCGGUAUCUAGGCACAGGCUGUAAUCUUCGAACUCUUGGAUACAAGUAUCAGAGUCGCCACAGUAUCGGCUAUAGCCCGGAUGAAGGACAGAUUGCAUCAGUGACGUUCAGAAAGAAGCAUACCAACACUGUACUGAAGUUAUCCUAUUCUGGUAAUAUACGCACAUAUGGAGCACAUACAGCUGCACGUUGGUACUUGAAGAUCGACAACAGGGAGUGUGCUAGACCUACCAAGAUAGAUAUAAUAAUGUACCAGAGCAGUGACGACAGAACCUACAUCCCAGCCGUACUGACUGGUAUCUGUGAGUCGACGUACAGCAGUGGAGCUAACAUUGCAGCUGGAGAUCACACCAUCACGGUACAUGUUGGAAGAAUUCCGGGCCGUACCGCCAGUGAUGCAUAUACAGGCUGGCUCAGCACCUCGAUUCUUGAGAUCCAAGAAAUGUGUCCACAGUUUUAGCAUCUGAAAUGGUUAUAAGAAUGUACGUUGAAAUUGGAAGAUGGACAACAAGGAACAGGCCAGACCCGCUAAGAAUGAUAGAACUGUAGGAAAGAGUACUGCCCACACCAACCAUACACUGUACUAUAUUCACUGACCAGUAUCUGUGAGUGGACUACCAGUAAUGGAGUUAACAUUGGCAGCUGGAGAUCACACAAUUACCGUGCAUGUUAGAAGAAUUACGAGGCUAUAGCAAUGGUAGUCCAUACACAUGUUAGUCCAUCUUC